AUGGACCAUGAAUUCAGCGAUUCAGCAAAGCUCGGGAAAAGGCCAGGCCGUUGGACUUAUGAAGAGCAUCAACGAUUCUUAAAGGCAAUCGAACUGUAUGGGAAGAACUGGAAAAAGGUAGAAGAGCAUGUCGUGACCCGAACUGGGGCGCAAAUUCGAUCGCAUGCCCAGAAAUAUUUCAUCAAAAUAGAGAAGCUUGGAGCCUCAAAAGUCCAGCCUGAAGCGAUUUCUAAGCCAAACCUGCAACCUAAUAUGCACUUGCAGUUUUACUACAAGUACAUGCAGAUGAUGCAAUAUAGUGCUUACGUGAAGUACAUGGGAGAAUUAAAUAAGGCAAUAAAUGUCCAGCAAAAUCAUUACUGGAGGUCAAAUGAAGGGUUUUCCUAUCCUCAGCAAGCCUCAGGGUAUAGCUCUCAGUAUGGGCCUUUGAGGAAUUUCUCAGAAAACAACCAGUGCGACAUGUCUGGAUUCAUUCCAGUAACAUGUGGUGAACCUGUGAAGCGUCCAAGACAAGAUUAA